UUAAUUUAGGAAAAAUUAAAUGAAAAAAGAAAUAAAAGUAGAUGAAUUCUGUUAUUAAAUCGAAAAAUCUUUUCUAUAAGUUUUGCAUAGUGACAAACUAAAAAAAAGUUGAUUUUUUCUAUUUUGCAAGUUGUAAGAAAAAAUAAUCAAGUUGUUCAAUUUUAUGGAACAAGUGACAAUUUCAUGAAUAAAUUUGGCAGCCAAACCAAUUUUGACUCAGAAGAGGAUGAAAAGACAGUUUUUGUUGGAAACUAUCAGCGCCAAAGACGCAAAUCUGUUGUUGGAUCAUGCAGAAAUGCUGACUCCCGGUCACGUACACCAUCUCCGACAGACUGCGCUUCCAUUGAGAAAGAACCUCAAGAGAGUAGUUAUGUUAGUUCCGAACAAAAUGACAGAAUAGUGAUAAACGUCGGAGGUUGCAGACACGAAACAUUUCGUUCAACACUGCGUAUUUUUCCCGAUACCAGACUCGGAUGGAUUGCAAUUAAAGGAAAGUCAUGUAUUGAUGCUUACGACCCAAUUAGAGACGAAUACUUUUUUGAUCGCCAUCCUCAUGCUUUUUCACAAAUCAUUAACUAUUAUAGAACAGGAAAAUUGCAUGCUCCUUCAGAUAUUUGUGGUCCAAUGUUUGAAGCAGAAUUAUCUUAUUGGGGGUUAAACGAAAAGAUUAUGGAGCCAUGCUGUUGGUCCAAGUACACUGAGCAUAGAGAUGCCGAAGAAAAUUUAAAAGUUUUUGAUAAUCAAAUGCUUAGACCACAGGAGGAACAAAAUUUACAGGAGUUUUAUUAUAUGGAGGAAAAAAAUACCAAUGGUAACAAUACGAAUAACGCCAUGUUAGACUCUUUAAAUAGUUCCGUUUGGAAUAAAAAUAAAACUUCAAGUUUUUUUCGUUUCAAAAAGAAAGUUUGGCUGUUAUUUGAAAAACACAACUCGUGUCUUGCUGCACGUAUUAUAUCAAUGGUUUCAUUAUUAUUUAUACUUCUGUCCGUACUUUCCUUAUGUUUUCAAACAAUGUUGGAAAUUGCUCAUCCUAAUCAAUUGUAUUCCGAUCUUCUACUAUCUCUCGAUAUUGCCUCUUUUGUGUGGUUAGUGAUGGAACUUUUUUUGCGAUUCAUAUCUGCUCCUAGUAAAACUUCUUUUUUAUUGAAUUUUUUGAAUUUAAUUGACUUAAUUGUUAUUAUACCUUACCUCGGACAUUUUUGUACUCUCGGUCGUAACGGCUAUAUAAAACAAAGAACUUUAGGAGUUUGGAACAGAAGCUGGUUUCACGUUAUGGCAAUAGCUCGAUUGUUUCGUUUAUUUCGUUUCUUUCGAUUGUCUACAGGUCUGCAGAUUUUAAAACAUACUUUGAUAGCAAGUUCAAAAGAGCUUCUUUUAUUACUUUUGUUGCUUGCUAUUCCAGUGGCUAUAUUUGCAACCAUCGUUUUUUACUGUGAAAACUCGUCAUCAAACUCCACCAAGUUUAAAACUAUACCAGAAUCUUUUUGGUGGGCAGUAGUAACUAUGACUACUGUAGGCUAUGGAGACAUAGUUCCAACAACUACUAUUGGAAAGUUUUUUGGUGUCUUGUGUGCGCUUUGCGGUGUAUUAAUAAUUGCUUUACCUGUGUCUAUAAUAGGAAACAACUUCAAGCUAUUUUAUCACUACGCCCAAGCACGUCUCAAGCAACCUUUUCAGCAAAAAAGCGCCUUAGUCGGCGCAGCAAACGCUUUGGUUUCAGAAUCUAUUAACCAACCCCACGGCAUAAACGAAGACCAAGAAUCUUCUCAUUCAAACUCUACCAAUGUUUAUAAAGAUAUUACACAAAGCAAAAGAUUUCAAAGAGAGCGUUCUUCUUUAUACGUCACUACUCACACGCAAAAAAUAUCACCGCGUCGCACACUUAGCGAGUCUUUUACAAUAAACAAACAAGACAAUGCAUUUCUCACAAUGAGCAAAUCAGGAAAAAGCAUUCAAAAUAAUGUUGAGAAAGCCCAUAUUAACGGUGGAUUUUCCUCAGCCGAAAGCAUUGGAAAAAUAGAUUAUUUAUCUGAGCAUAACAGUUUAAGUGUGAGACCUAACUCUGAAAAAAUAUAUAUGGAUAGCAAGAGAUCAUCCAUAACCAGUUCCGGUUUCUGUGCAAUUCCAAUGUCAGUAUUAUCGCCUUGUGAACUUGUUGAAAAUAUUAAUGACGAAUCAUCCGAUCUUCAAGACGGAUUAUCAAAACCGCAGAAGCCUAUGCUCGAACGUAACGGAUCGAACUUAAAAACUGAACUCAAUUUUCAAAUUCAAAACUUAAAUGAUUAUCCUUCAAACGGUUGUUCAAAAAUAGAUUUUGUGCAAAAUAAAAUGUUUUUAUAUAAAGACAAUAGAAAACGAAGCAAUAACCAUUUACAUGUUCCUGAACCAGAAGGGCUGCACGAGCUUCUCAGCUAACAGCAUAAACUAACUUAUAAAUAUUACUAAUUUAUCUUUAUAUAACUAAUUUUUGUACUUGAUAAUGCAGUUGGUUAAUUUACCAUCAUAGUUAUCAUCAAAAUUAUUUUCAUAACGAACAUUUUGUUCAAUUUCUUAAAAAUAGUUCUUAAAAAAAAUGUUUUCUGA